AAAUGGGUGAAGGCAUGGAAGAGGCAGAACGGAAACGUUUUGCGGCAAAAGCGAUCAAUGACCUGAUGAAAGAUCUCUAGUCGUCCUGGCUUCAAAAGUACGCAAACAUCGCCCCGAUACAUCUUGAGAACGAAACAGUCCCACGUACCGAGCUAUUUACCCCGCAACCCCGCUACGGCUUAAACAAUAAAUACCACCCUCCAAAUAUGUAAUCCCGCUUGUUACAACACCAACGCCUCUGUUUAGAAGCAUAGCACCAUAAGCACAAUUCUCGCGCUCGAACCCCCAUCAUGGCAUCGAAUCAAGAGAUAAGUAACGCUAGGUUCAGCGUAGAAGCGCGCGAAUGGGAUUCGAACAAAAAGCAUGUGGAAAGCACCAAUAAUGCAUUUGACGCCAUCAAGCGCUAUGUCCCCGCAUUUCAAAACGGGAACAACAAAGACCUCGAUGUGUUAGAAAUUGGCUCCGGAACUGGUCUCCUCUCUUUCCUCCUCGCCCCCCACGUCCGCUCCCUGAUCGGUGUCGAUACAGCUGAGGGCAUGAUCAGCGCUUUCAACACCAAACUCCAAGAUCUCCCCGACACGGCCAAGGCGAAUCUCUGCGCGAUAAAUCAUUACCUCGAAAGCGUCGAAGAUGCACCACUCCAAGAUGCCGCCGCUUACCUCGCGCCCCCUUCUUCGACGCCACCCUACCGCUUUGACCUCAUUGUUUCGCAUCUCACAUUACACCACAUCCCGUUAUUGCCUAAUAUCUUUGCUACGAUGCUUGGGUGCCUGAAACCCGGGGGUAUGAUUGCGUUGACGGAUUACGAAGACUUUGGACCGGAGGCUGUGCCGUUUCAUCCGAUUAGUAAGAGAGAGGGUGUGGAAAGACAUGGCAUUGACAAGGACGAGGUUUGCAAUUUGCUUAUGAAAACUGGGUUUAAUGAGGUGAGAGUUGAAGAAGCUUUCGUGUUAAGGAAAGAGGUUGAGGCUGAGGGCGGGAAACCUGCGAGGGAGAUGGAUUUUCCGUUUUUGGUAUGUUUGGGUGUGAAAUGAAGAAUCCAAAGUGUUGUGCAUGAUCUAGGGUGUACCGUCGUCACCGGGUGUCGAUGCAAAAUGGGCAGGCGUAGGCGGAGAUUUUGUAUCGUCGGACGAGGGACGUCCGGAGUUCUGGCCUCAUGCUUCAGCAACGGUACAAGCUAGUCAUUGGCUGUGUUGCUAGAUGCUACAAUCCAGAUCAAUAUGCGUGUAG